CUCGCCUGCCCCUAUGGACUAGGUAUGUACCUAGGUAGAUAGAUUAGGUAGGUAAGUACUGUAAGUGCUUAGGUAACACCUAAUCGAUAGCAGAUAACGAGGAUGGACCCCAGAGCCUUGGAAAUUUCCAACCUACCCGCCAGUAUCGACGAGAUAGCGAGGAUACCUAGGCCUCUCCAAGGCACGCUGCGGCACGACAUAGCCCACCCCAUUGCGAAGUGACGGCAAGGAGUGCACCUGGGUCCGGACCGGUCCAUUCACGACUGCAACAUGGCUGACCCAAAGCCCUCUCCAGCGACCGGAGCAGCGACUGGAACACCCUACAAGGCACCGACGCCGAACCCGGCCCUGCGGAUGAUGGGCCUCCCGAACCUGCCCAGGAAGCUACCGUCGCGCAACUGGCUCAUCUUCUGGACCCUUUCCCUGUCUUUCUCAGCAGCCAUCAUCUACGACAAGCGGGAAAAGAAGCGGGCAACAGCGCGGUGGGCAAGGGCCGUAUCGCAUAUCGCCAAGGAGCCCAUGGCCACGUCCAGCGAGAUGCCCCGCAAGCUGACCAUCUUCCUCGAGAGCCCUCCUACCGACGGGUUGCGCGUUGCCCAAGACCACUUCACCGAGUACGUCAAGCCCGUCCUAGCCGCCUCGGGCCUGGACUGGGAAUUUGUGCAGGGACGCAGUGAAGGAGAUGUGCGCGCUGCUGUAGCCGAGCGUAUACGUCGCUCCCGAGACCCCGAAGCCGCCGCUACCGCUGGUGUCCAGACACAAGACGAGGUCGUGAACCAGGUAAGGAGGAGGAAUGGCAUACCCGAGUACACCGGCAUGAGAGGUGAUAUUGUUAUCGGACGACACACCUGGAAAGAAUACGUACGAGGCUUACAUGAAGGUUGGCUGGGACCAUUAACCGCCCCUGUCCCAGCCAUCCCCGAUCCCCUCCCGGUCCAUUCUACAACAACGGAGGCGACGAAAGAAGAAGUAGGAGGCGAAGAGAAGGAGAAGCACGAAGAAACCAGGCCAGAGGAAGCAAAGAAACCCGAACGGCCACCACAACCGCCGCCUUAUAACACGCCAGCCAACUACCCCAGCUCCCCCACCCCCCUGCUCAUACCCGCCGAGCUCUCCCCAUCUGCCCCAGUGCAGUUCCCUCACAUUCUCGGCUUCUCCAACACAUUUACUCGGUUAGGACGCUUCCUGAACCGCCGAUAUUUGGCCGACGAUAUUGGUCGCGAAGUCGCCGCCGUCUGUCUCGCCACGGCGCGAGAAUUCCGGGAAAAGACCACUCCCGGUACUGCCGAUUCCGAGCCCGAGCAGGUAACAGCACUAGCUUGGGAAGAGAAAGAUUGGCCCAAGUCAGUUUGGAAGGAGACCGAGGAAGUAGCCGCGAACGAAAAGGAGAAUCCUUCCACCCCACCCGCCGAGAAGAUCUGGACAAACUCUAUCAUUCUAGACCCACGCAUCAGUAUGCGUAUGCGUCGUUUUGAGCUUCGCCCCGAAGACGAGGCCCGUGCCCGUGCCAUUGUCGUGCCCGAAGAGGAGGUUGAGGGCUUUAUCAAAGGUAGCUUACGGAGUCUGUGGCGCUGGGCUAUAGCUCCCAACUCGCGGCCACAGCCCGUUGUCACCGAAGAGUGAACAUUGGUAGGGACAAGUAAUACUAGGUAUGUUCCAAUCCGAUGAGAGCCACAACCUAGCCAACGUCCAACAUAACCUCUCGAAAUACGUUUCACUCUUGUAUUAUUACGAAUGUACUUCCGUAUGACAAGAUACCAGAUUUAUAAAAAAGGCUAGAGGAGGCACGUUCGCGUCUAUAUAUGUAUUUAUGCGUGUACAUCAGUU